AUGGACCUUCUCCAAGGAUACGAGUCAGCGACCUCGGACUACGCGCCGAGCCCACCGCGCUUGAAGCGCAAGGCCGCGUCGUCGCUGGCGCAUGCGAUCAAACUGCCGACGCCCAAUGCAGCCGCUUACCAGCCCAAACGGCGGGCCAUCGCACGCGCUCCAUCCUCCGCGCCCAAGGAUCCGGAGCCGCUGCCAACGUUGUUGGACGCUGGCACGGUACCACCAGCCGCCGCAGUCAGUGACGCCACUGUCCCGUCUCGCGAGCUCCAGCGCUGGCGUGCUUCAUACCGCAUCAACUGCGUGCGCUGGAACCCACGUUUCCCGUCGCUCCUCGCCACGGCCGGCAUGAGCUCGACCAUGCACAUCUUCGACGCGUUUCGCGCCGUCUGCAAGCGCCAGCUCGACGGGCUGCAUACCGACGCGAUCAAGGACGUUCAAUGGGUGCUCGAUGGGCAAAGCCUCGUGAGCGCCAGCUACGACCGGACCCUCGUGCACGUCGAUGUCGAGACGAUGCAGGCCCGCGCCACGUAUACUGGUACGCACCGCUUCACAGCGUUGGCCAUGCACCCCAGCGACAUGCACCUCGUUCUUGCCGGCGACGACGCUGGGCACGUCGUCUGCUGGGACCUGCGAGACCGGCAGCCGGCCCGAGCGCUUCAGCAGACGUGCGGGGAGGUCCAUGCGCUGGCCUUUCUCCCCGAUAUGGCCUCGCCUCGCAGCCGCACGCAGUUUCUCUCGACCAGCACCGUGACCAAGACAAGUGCGGCGGACAAGGCGGUCGCCGUCUGGGACUUUGACAGCGGCGCGCUUGUCAAACAGUGCAUCUACAGCCAAGGCUAUACAUGCUCGUCGAUCAGCGUGCAUCCGACGGCGCCGUAUCUCGCGCUUCAGUCGCACGGCAACUACAUUGCGACCGUCUCGACACGGACUCUCAAACUCUCCAAGAGACGCUACGAAGGCCAUACGAGUCAAGGCUACGGUGUUCACUGCUCGUUCAACGCGACGGGGUCGCUUCUCGCGUCUGGCGAUGUCCACGGGCACGUUUACGUCUACGAGGCGCAGCGUCCGCGCCUCCUCUUCUCGGCGCGUCCCCACACCAACGUGUGCAUGACGGUGCAGUGCCAUCCGCGGUACCCCCACGUGUUAGCGACCGGCGGCUGGGACAAUAUUGUCACGGUGUGGACAUAA